UGAACUGUCCAAGGACCUUCGACACCGGGCAAAGGCAGAGGGAGAUGCAGAAGGGAAAAUUCGGAUCAAAAGGAGGCUGCGUACGACAACAACUGCAGAGACCCCAUGGCAAAUGCCGCAUGGCCUCUCCCUUUGUUCAGCAAUAAAGUCACUUUGACAGGACUCCUCCGUCUCCUUUGGCCACACAAACCUCUGGCGACGGGAAUUUUCCCGCCCGCUCCCGCCCACACGGCAGCCACCUCCGUCCUACCCACACGAACCGGGACGAGGCAGCGCCGCUCCGGGCCCGGCUCCUGCCCAGGCCCCGGCGGGAAGGAGAGCGCGGGCAGCCGCUCCCGCAGCGCCCUCAGGCCACGGCCAACACGGCGCCCACACGGCACAAGGAAGCCGCCACAGCCCCCUGCCGCCCCCUCCGCCCGCAGCCAUGGCCCAGCCCCGCCAGAAGCCAGCGCGGCUCCCACCUGCGCUGGGGCCGCCUCCGAGCUCCGCCGCCGCCUCACCGGGCUCCGGCCGCUGCCGCCGCUCCCGGGCCCGCACACGCGCUCCGCCAAUGGCGCCUCUGCUGCCACACGGCCCACCGGGGGGCGGGCCCGGCCCCGGCCUGCUCCCCGCUCUGCCCAAUCAGCGCCGCACAACCACGACUGACGCCACCAUCAGCCAAUCGCACACAGCCAGCCCCGGGCUCUGCACACGGCCCAGCCUCGGCCCGCGCUCUCAGCGCCCCCCGGGCUGUGUGAGGGGAAAGGCGGAGAUGAGGAACAGCCCUGGCACGGGCCCGGGCCCGAGGCGGCAUCGAGCUGCAAACACCAACAAAGUUCUCCGCACCUCCCGGCCCGCCUUUCCCAGCGCUGCGUGUUCGCUGCCACCGGCUCCGAGCAAAGCCGUCACUUCUCCUAGCCCUAAUUCGGAGCAUCAGUGCAUGGCUUUGAUUUCCUCUGAAAGGGAAAAUUCCCAGUCUCCUUCGGCUGAGUGGCGGAGGGGGGAGAUUUGUGGCAGAAAACUCCCGAAGUCGUUUUUCCCCAGAGUUGGGAAGAACAAACCAAACCCAAGUGAGGUGCUGGAGGUGCUGGUGGCUGUGAUAGCCACCCUGGGCGAGCUGGCGGCCCUCGUGACCGGGCCAGAUGAGGACGUGCUGCGGGCUGAGUCCUGGGAGACCCUGCGUGCAGAGCUGAGGAAAUUCACCUGGACCCUGCGCUGCACCCUGCGCCGCCACCAUGUCACCCCCCCGGGCCACCGCGGUGUCACCCCCCUGGGCCAGGCCCUGACCGCCCUCGAGGCCACCCCGGGGGCCACGUGGGCCGAUGUGAGAGCCGCGGUCAGAGCCUGGCAGGACUCGGUGGAUGCGCUUGCCGAGAUCUGGCUCUGGGUGGUUGAGGAGGCCGCCAAACUCCGCAGGAGCACGCAGAACUUGUACACCAGGAGUGGGCAGUGGUCAGAGGUGGCCUCGGGGCUGCUGCGGCGCUUGCUGGCUGCAUGUGACAAAGCCACCGUGUUCCCCUGGGAGCUGCUGCGCCGGCUCAGGGACAUCGAGGCCGCCCUGGAUGAGACAAGGGAGGCGUCCCCUUAUGUCCCUGAGGCCUUGGUGGCCGCGGUGGCCGAGGCUUAGCAGCUGUGGGAGGCCAGCACCUGCCUGACCACACGUCACCUGCUGGGGACACUUGCGGACAUCUGCGCCCUCCUCUCGAGUCACCCUGAUGUCCCUGGUGGCCACGCAGUGGCCGAGCAGUGCCAAAGAGCCAUCAAGGACAUCCCGAGGCUGCUGCGGACACAGCAAGGUCCCGUCAUCGGGGUGGUGACGCCAUCAGGGACAUCGCUGGGGUCACUUGUCCCCUCCUCCCUCCCUGCAUGGUGUUUGAGACAAAUUUGGGGAACUUUCUGGGAAUUUUCAUUGAAACUGUCCCAAAUCCUGAUGGGAAUUCUUGGGCUGACAUCACUGGGGACACUCAGGGGCACGCAAGGACACACUGGCACACUCAGGAAUACUCAGGGACGCUCAAGGAUACUCAGGGACACGGGGGCAGGGGGUGAAUGAGCCUCCUCAGUGCUUUGGAGGAGAGGCAGAGGAGCCACGUUAGAAAUGACAGUAGAAAUGACAAUACAAUAUUGGCUUUCGCAUUUGUGUAUCGGCUUUUGCACGUUGUUAUUGAUCACAAUGAUUUCGAUAUGGUGCAAUUUAUAAUUCCCUUCAGCUGCUUUCUGAUGUAACAUAAUCUAUCAGUUUGUGUGUGCACCACACAGCCUACAGAAAUGGCUUUGUAAUAAAUCGAUAUUAUAUCCUAGGCCUUAACGAAAUAUUAAAAUAGAGACUGAGCAGUGCUAAAAUGCUUUUAUAUUAU